AUGGCCAUCGGAAACGACCCUCACCAUGUCAGCGACGUGAUGGCUGAAGCUUUAAGCCACUUGAGCCGGGUGGUGGAGCAUCUUCGAGGCGAGGGUGAAAAUGAAGCAGCGAAUGAUAUUGCACGCGACGUCCACUCUAUGCUUGACACGUUCAAUCACACUACCGCUCCUUGGGACAUGGAAAAGUUCCAGAUGAAGCCCGCACCUGCACCAAGAAGUCAACAGAUCACACUCACUCGGACUACAACUCCCUCUGAUGCAAGAUCCAAUGUAUCCACCUGGGCAGCCGUCGCAGCUACGGACAUACCACGAAACAAUCGACUGGUUAAAUUCCGACCUUCUGAUGGGUUGAAGAGGCACAUUACCAAUGAAGAAGCCCUGGCCCAACACAAAGAGGAGGACUACCGUUGCCUAUGGAUUUAUGGGUGGACCAAGGAUAGGCCUCUGAGCUCGAUCACGGAUCGGAUCAGCACGGGGGCCAUCUUUUCCAUGGCCUUCGUCGAAGAUUAUGGCGCGGUCUGCGUUAUAUUCCAGUAUGCCAGCGCAGCCAUGGUCUUUAUGGAUGAAAAUUCACAGUCCCUGCGGGAUUUGGGCGUUGGUGUGUUUGGCCCAGGUCUCUCGAUCAAAUAUGGAGAGCCAUACCCAGAAAACGUCGACCUCCAGCGCAUGGCAGCACCCACCAACGAGCGACGUCGCCUCACAUUUGCUCGUCAACAACUUUUCACCAAUGGCAUGACUGAGGAGCGAUUCAGAAAGGAUCUGACUGAAAUGGUGGGACGACACAAUGUGGAGCUGGUGUGGUUGUUUAACACCGGGAACGCAACUGCAGUUUUCUCUUCCACGGUAAUUGCUCGGAUCGUUCGCGACGAAUUCAUUCGUCGGUCCAGGCGACAAGGGCCAUACCACGAUGUCCAAGUGGGCUUCUCGCAUGACCCCUGCGAACGGCCCAUGAAUUUGAUCACCCAGAUCCCGUAUCCUGGAAUCUCUCCGCGCGACCGGAGUAACAGCAAUAAAUCAGCAUCAAAUGCUCGACCCUACAAUCCGAGCGCUCCAAAGUUUGUACCGGGGACAGUCGUUCGUGGUAGAAAGGGGACCGACUCAGAUGGUUGGCAAACCGUCCAGAGAAAGCGCUGA